AUGGAACCUGUAAACGCUCCUCCAUUUGUUCUUUUUCGAGGGUUGUUGCUCUACGCAAUUUUCAUCACCGCAUUAGAGUCAUCCACUGUUUCUCGAUCAGCAUACUUCACAACGUUGACAAAUAAGCAGCUUAAAGGCUUUGUGGUAAAACGGUUUGAGUCUCCUGGUCAAAUUUGGUGCAGUCAGUCUUGUUUGAAAAACGCCUGGUGUACUUCAACAAACUUCAAACUUGCUCCUAAAAUUUCUAAGUCCGAUGGCAAAGGAACUUGCGAACUAAACAAACACGAUGGCUCUGCUGUCAAAGAAAACAUGUUUUUGCAGUUCGAGGAAGGUGCCAGUUUCUCAGUGCCUCUUAAGGGCUGCCAAAUAACCGACAGUUGUAAAAAUGGAGGUGCUUGCGUGUAUGACGAGAAAAAACAAACUUAUUCAUGCAGGUGCAAGCCACCUUGGACCGGAGAAACUUGUGCUGAGCUGGUUACUUGUGACAGCCAUCCCUGCAAAAACAAUGCAACUUGCACAGAUGGAGUCGACGGAUAUAACUGCAGCUGUGCACCAGGAUUUUACGGGACACAGUGUGAAAAGAUUGAAGGCCUGUCUUGUUCAUCAGCUUACCGGAUUAUUUUUAAACAGUCUACCACCGAAAGUUAUGCCAUCAAAGCAAAUGCCAUUUCAUCUAAUCUCACGGAAUUUACGGUGUGCCUUUUUGUUAAAAGGAAGGAUAUAAAUUCAAGUCAUUACCAGUGUGUCUACAGCUAUGCAGAAGCUUCUGGUUAUGAUAUUGGAAAUGCCAUAUAUGUCUGUUUGAAUACUCCAAAUAUUGAGAUCAAUGUGGAUAACCGCGGAUACAGUGGUACAAACACCGGAGUCAAGAUCAAUGACACUAUGUGGCAUCACAUCUGUGUUACCUGGAGAAGCACAAACGGCGCCUGGCAGUUUUAUCUGGAUGGACAACUCCAAAGCAAUGGAACAGGCUUGAAAGAAAAUCACCAGAUUCCAGCUGGCGGAACAGUUGUCAUUGGACAAGAUCAAGAUACAGUUGGAGGGGGCUUCCAAACCGCUGAUAGUUUUGGACCAGGUGAGGUUACAGAAGUUAAUCUUUGGAGCAGAGUCUUAUCAGCGAGUGAUAUUGCAGCACAGUAUGCAAACUGUCACAUAACCAAAGUCGGCCUGAUGCACUGGUGGGAACAAUUCAAAGAUGGCGUUUCAGGUGUGACAGUAGUCAAGCCUUGAAUGGCGAAAUCAUUGACUUUUUGCGCGUAGCAGAGUCCAAGAGUUAUUGUGAGAAUUCAUGUUCUUUAUAGGACAACAGCAAUAAUACCUCUUCACUCCUUUAUAAUUGUUAAGCUAAUUUAGAUUAAUAUUUAUGAUGCGUAUUAUUGAUUAGGUUACUGCAGCUAACUCAUCAGAAGUAAAUCAGAAUAAACUA